GUCUUUGCUUGGUAGUUGAUCUAAGACAUUUCCCUCCAGCACGAUGUCAUCUUUCUCCAGUACAAACGUCUCCUCUUCCUCAUCCACUUCUGUAAGUGAUAAUGAAAGCAAAAUAAACCUCUUACUCAGCACCAGCUCCUCCGACCUGCCCUCGAGGCCACAAGCUGAAGAUUUCACCAAGGAGCUGACCUGCCCUCUGUGCCUGGAAUGGUUUAAGGAGCCAGUGAUUUUGCCUUGUGGCCACAACUUCUGCAGACCCUGUAUUGAGGAAAUCCGGGGCAGGGCGGAGGUCUGCCUGUGCCCAGAGUGCCAAGCACAGUCCCCGGACAGGCAGUACAUAGGGAACAUAGUGCUGGAAAAACUAGUGGAAAAGAUCAAGGGCUUUCAUGUAGGGAAAUGCCAGCAGAAAUGCAGCAAACAUGGUGAGCCUCUCAAGCUCUUCUGGAAGAUGGAUGGGAAACUGGCCUGCUUUCUCUGCAGAGAUGCCCAGAAGCCUGAAGAUCAAAGCUCCCAAUUCCUACUGCUCCCAGACGCUGUGCAGCUCUAUGCGGAAAAGCUGAUCUCCACCAGAACUCAGUUGGAGGCCACCGUGCAGGAACUAAAGACUCUGAAGAAUGCCCAGCAAGAGAAGAUCUCUUGUCACAAAGAGAACAAAUUUCAUCUUCAGCACCACAUCUCCUUAGAGUUUCUGAAACUCCACCAGUUCCUUCAUGGAAGGGAGAAAAGAUUAAUGAAUGAGCUGCAAGAGGAGGGGAAAAUCCUCCUCCAAGAAAUGGAGGCCAAUCUAAACAAGCUCCAGGAAAAGUGGCAGCGAGCCAAGGAGACAGUGUUACGCAUUCAGUCCCGGCUCUACCAGCACAGUUCUAUCGACUUCCUUACAGGCAUAAAAACCUUCAUGGAACACUUAGAGCAAAAAGCAGGCACCUUAUCUCUGGGUGCACUUGUCUGUCGUGAACUGAGCCUGGGACAGUUCAAGGGUCCAAUUCAGUACAACGCAUGGAAGGAAAUGAAAUCCAUCCUCGGACCAGGCCUGACCCUAUUCUCAUUAAAGUCCAUAGCAAAACUCCCAUAG